GAGCGGCCGGUGAGCGGGCUGAAUGAGGGAGGACUCAACCUGGGAUGCUCUAAGGUUUGGCACCAAAUGAAUGACCAAGGCAUUUCAAGAUCCUGAAAGCUGAUAUGAUUUCAUCAAGUGCAUUGCCCUGUUGAGAAGCAAACAAAUACAGCUCUCUCCUUUGGUGGUAUCUUGGAGUAGAAAUGAAAAUAAUGUGAAAUGAUGUUGUGAUACUGCACUCCAUCCAAAUUGCAAAUUUUUUUAACGACAAGGUGAAGGCAAGUGAGGGAACAAGACCUUUGAUGGAUCCAGGAUUACCGUGGAGCUUUUGAGAGAGAAGCUCAGACUGAUACAACAUGAAUGAAGAAAAUAUACAAGCCGGUGAAGACAACCAACUAGGAGAAAUACAGAAUGACGACGGGCACGAAGAAACUGUGGAAGACGCCAAUGCCAAUCAAAUCACCAAAGAGAAAAAUCAUUCAAAUAACAGAGAGCAUGGCAGCCCACUACCCCCUCUUGUAUCACACUCUGAAGCCCAGGAGAGGAUCAUUAUCUGGGGAACACAUGCUCAGAGUGAAGACCCUGAGCUGGAAGAGUUUGAACUGCUUGAGUGUCAAGAGUUAGAAACUUUCAUUGUGGAAGAAGAAGGGAUAGACAUGUCAAGUGUGACAAGCAGAAAGAGAGCAAAGAAACUCUGUGACAGGACAUUGACAACCACAUCUGUCAGCGCUACUGUUGGAUCCCCUUGGAAAGACCACAAUAAAAACCACAGUGUGGAUGGAGAUGCAAAUGAGAACUCACAGCCCCUUGACCUCAGGACCUCUAGCUCUCGCUCUGGGGUAAACAGGACCCUGAGAGAAGCCCGAAGUGGUUCUGAAAGCAACGUUUUUUCAUCUUCCCUUUCUGCAGUGACCAAUCUCAGUGGAAGUUUAGCCAGUGCCCUGGACAGUGCAGGCCGCACACAGCCUCUCUCUUCCCAGUCCAUCAAGUCUACCUCAGGCAUAGGCAGGAACCAGCAACCCUCCUACAUCCACUCAGAGAGAAACAGGGAGCUUCCCAGGGAUUUGGACCAAAACCAUAACUCUACUACACUGCCUCAGGAAUCACAAUAUGACCGAAGUAAGCUGAUCACUCAAAGUGGAGUGUAUCCUUCAAAUGGAGCACUAAAAGUGCAAAAAUUCCCAAUGGAAGCAGAGCAGAAUGGCAGGCAAGGGAUGUCAACCGAGGCGCCGAAAGGUAUGGUGAGGGUGCUACCUUCUUGUAGGCAGCUAGUCCGCCCUCUUUCUACUGAAAAACGUAUAACCUCAGGAUAUCCCAGCUUAGACACCCAGGCAGACCAGCAACAAUACCACUCCUCAGAGACAGAUCACAGCCAUCAACAAGUGCUGCCGACUACAGAAGUCUGCAGUAAGAAAACAAGCACAGAGAUGCUUCCAAACCAGACUUUCACCCGAGAGUCCCAACACUUGAAGAGGCAGAGCUCAGCAGAUCGUGUUGUAAGUCCCUCCAGCCUAGAAAGGAAGACUCACUUCAGUCGGCGGACCUACAGCAGUCCCACUAGACCUUCGACACCUCUGUCCCCCAAGACCACAAGGUCUCCUCAAAGACAGCCUCCAUCCUCACCCAUCAAGACUUUACCUUCUCGAGCUCCUCAGUUGGGUUAUGCUAUGUACAGCUCAGGCUUAAGAGCUCCAGUCAAAACAACUAUCAACACAAGCAUCCACAACCCUCUUCCAACAACGGAGGCUUCAAUGGAGACCUCCCCUCCAAGCAAGUGCCCGCCAAAACCGAAAAGUGUCCGACCAAAAAUCAUCACGUACAUUCGAAAGACCCCGCAGGUGAAACCACAGUCUCUCGAGGGAACUUACGAGGUGUCAUCCUUACCUACGAAACUCUCAACGUACAGCAACACACAGGCCAAACCAGCGGUAGGAGAACAAGGGGAAGCCGCUGUGCUGAGUGCCUCAAAUUUACUCUACGAUAAGUAUCGACAAGAGAUGCAGAAGGUUCGGUUCUUCUCUCCUGGACUCAUGGUGUCUGGGAUUAAGCCACCCAGCAACACCCUGCCCCAAAAAAUGGCAGGCCGAGCAGACAGCUUCUAUGGUUCUCUUAACAAGCCUCUCUCUGCAGCUGUGGGCAGGUCUCCAGUCACCCUUGGAUCUCCUGUAUCAGGAGCUGAGGAUCCUUCCGGCCCCCUUUUUCGUCCACCACGGGGCCUAAGACCCCAGCUUGGCGUUGGUGCUGUAAACAGGACUCCCUCUGCAGCUGCGAAGAACAGGAUGGUCCAAACAGGCCACCCGAAGUCACCAUUGACCUUCAGUCAACCAAUGCAGGCAGUAAACCCGACCACUCAAACCCCUCAGGAACCACAAGAUCAGAGAAAGACGGUGGCGACUGGGUUAGCUGCUAAAUCCUUCCUGCCGAAGCCAGCUCAGACUGGCCUCCGUCCUCCUGGGUACUCGCGGCUCCCGCCGGCUCGUCUGGCUGCCUUUGGGUUUGUUCGGAGCUCUAGUGUCUCCUCCGUGUCCAGUAACCACUCGACCGACAGCACACGGAGUGACCCCUGCCGACCCGCCUUCCGGCCCAACAGUAUAAAUGAUGAGCCACCGUUUCACCGUGUCACCACGUCGCCGCCUGGAGAUGGAUCCAGAGCACCCUGCCGCAGCAAUCCUCAACCCCCCAACACUCCUGCACCCACACGCCGCUCAAUCCUGCCCCCUUCUCGAAGCUCCCCUGUGGCAUCCCGUAAGGAAUUCCAGAAGAGUUCUGAUGGCACCCGUUCAUCUCUCUCAUCCCCUAAGAGACUCGCUGUAGUGUCUCCUAAACCACAGUCUCCAGUGCUUCAGAGGCAACAGAAGGCAACAGUGGCAGUCCGAGGCUCAAGCAUUCAGAUUGUGCCUCGUAUUGGCUCCCCGGGUCCAGAGAAGAAAAGAGAAGAAGAGCAGAAGAAAGAAAAAGAGCGAGAUGAAGUAGAGAGACACGAGGAGUUGCAGCUCUUGCAGGGUCGCUAUGAAGAACAGGCCAAGCAACUGCAGGCUCUCCACACAGAACUAAAGAAAACCAGCCUGGGUUUGGAGGUCUUUGUCAUAUGUACUCAGCACUUCUCCCUCAAGUGUGAAAGUGCUGAGGAGAAGGAGAGAGAGUUGUCACAGGAACUCAGUCGGAUUCAGCAUGAAGUGGCCUUUAACGCAGCUCGCUGGGAGCGUCUUCAGAAGGAGAAGAGGGAGCUGGAGGAGUGUUUUGAGAAGGAGCUGAGAGAGUUACAGGUGCAGCAGGAGUCUGAACUCGUAACCUUAGAGGAGAACUUGAGAUUGCGGCACGCUUCGGACAGAGACCAUCUCAGAGCAGAGCACCAGUCAGAGGUGGAGGAGUUUCACACCCAGCACCAGGAACAGAUCGAAGAGUUGACUGCCAACCACGAGGCCGCCCUUGAAGACCUGAAGACCAUGCACAACAUCACCAUGUCAACACUGCAGGAGGAGCAUGCCAGGACAAUGAGAGACUUAAGAAAAGCCCAUGAGCAGCAAAAAGCCAAUCUAGAAGAGGACUUUGAGAAGCUGCGCCUCUCGCUUCAGGACCAGGUGGACACUCUGACUUUCCAGAACCGAACUCUGAAAGACAAAGCCAAACGCUUUGAAGAGGCCCUGAGCAAGAGCACUGAUGAACAAAUUGUGGAUGCACUGGCCCCGUAUCAGCACAUCGAGGAAGACCUGAAGAGUCUAAAGGAGGUUCUGGAGAUGAAGAACCAGCAAAUUCAUGACCAGGAGAAGAAGAUCUGUCAUUUGGAGAAAGUGCAGGCCCAAAAGAACCUGCACCUGGAGGAGCGGGUCCAGGUGCUUCAGCAGCAGAAUGAAGACCUGAUGGCCCGCAUCGACCGCCACCUCUCAGUGUCAAGACAACUGUCUGAGGAGAACGCAAACCUUCAGGAGAAUGUGGAGAAGGAGACCAGCGAGAAGAAACGCCUGAGCCGCAACAACGAAGAGCUGCUCUGGCUCCUCCAGACGAGUCCCCACCUGUCGCCUUCCUCUUCUCCCAUCCACAGAGCCUUCUUCCCUGGCCCUGAUAUUCCCUCUUACCCUUACUCUCCUGGCCCUGGUACCCCCACACACUCCUAUUCUCCUGGCCACUGUACGCCCACUCACAAGGUGGCUUCUCCGGGACCUGGGACGCCCACUCUGAGAGGCUCACCAACAGCGCGCUCGUCCCCCGCACGGAUCCCGAACGCCAACACUUUACCCAGAUGAGAUGUCUUACUGAAUUUCAGCUGCCUCGCCAUAUUCUGUUACUGUCCGUCGUGGACGACAGUGCUUUGUUUUUAUUUGCGGGCCAUGACUUCCUUUAAAAAAUGUGGCAAAUUUUAAUAGGACCCUAACAACCCCAACUGCCAGACAGAGAUCUAACAGCCUCUGUUAUUUCCAUUCUUUGAAUUUUGAACUCAAGUAAGCUCAAAGAAUUUUUAACCGGAGGAUUGAACUCGUAGCAUCAGAAUGAAAUAGCUACUGAUGCUAAUGCUAAUGACGUGCUGCCGACAAUGCUUGGCCUGCACAGAAGCAGAAUGAUUUUUGUGUACAGAAGUACAGAAGUAGCUCGGCUUUAGAUAUGAAUCUAAAACAUGCUUUUGGACUCCAACACAAAUGUCUGUAGGUUCUCCUGAAUGACAUACGAGAACUUUAUACAACAAAAAGCACUUUAGGUUUCUGCCCUACCUUCUUCCUACAGAUAAAUGCACCAGCAUUUUUUGCGGUCUGGUUUAUUUUUUUAUAGGAUAUGUCUUCUAAUUUUUCAAAUCUCCCAGUGUUUGAGUUUCGAUCCAGAAUGUUUCAAAUUUGUCAAGACAUAUACACUGCAAAAUUUCAUUUUCUUAAUAUUUUUUUUUCUUACAUUGAAACUAUCUAAAUUACACAGGAUAUGACUUGUGUUGAGGCAAUUUUAUUUAAUUAUUUAUGUAUCCCAGUUAGCUUUUUUAAAAGCAUAACCUAAAUAUUUAUUAUUCAUACACUACUGUUCAAAAGUUUGGGUUCGGUAAGAUUUUUUAAUGUUUUAGGAAGUCUCAUGCUCACCAAGGCUGUAUUUAUUUGAUCUAAAAAUACAGUAUAAUAGUAAUACUGUAUGCAAGGAAAUAGUCUUUUAAUUCAAUAAUCCACAGGAAACAGGGCAGAAACGUGGGACAACCAUAGAUAUCCAUUCCACAAUAAAGACUAGAUGUCUUACGGCGGAGUUUCUAUCAUCAUCACCGGUGGCCAUCUUGUCACAGGCAAGCUGAAGUGAGAUGAGUGAUCAGCACAAACACAAAUACUCUUAUCUCGUUGAAAUCUUGACAGAUGUACUAACGAUUUGGGUUCUUACAAACGUUAAUAACGUGGCUAUAUAGCGUGGUUAUUUAAAAAGUACAUGCACCAUUAAAACACAAUGUUACGAGUGAGCGAGCUGCCUGUGACAAGAUGGCCGCCUAGUGCAGACGUCGACCUCCAUUGACCAGCAGCGCGGAUGAAAUAUCUAGCCUUUACUGUGGAUAUCUAUGGUAACAUCCACUUUACACAACCUAAACGAGGUAAUCAAUGAACGACAGGUGAACAGAAUCAUUAAUUAAACACAUGAAGGAACUGGGUGAAAAGACAGGACACACAGACAAACAGGAUCAGAACCAUAAAACACAGUGAAACUCGGGAUUCUUUGAUGAAUAACAAAGUUUGAAUACCAGCAUAUAUAUGAAAUUUGUAACAUUAGAAAUGUUUACUGUGAUUUUGAUCAAUUUAAUACAUCCUUGCCGAAUACAUUUUUAUUUAAAAACAAAAAUCUAUUAAAAAAAUAACA